AUAAGAUGUAAAGAGCAUAAUCAGCAGCACCUAAUUUCGGUAGAAUAAAUAAUAAAAUAUAGACUUUCCUAUGGAGGAUAUGUUUAAAAUAGCCACAAGAUAAACAUCAGUUUUUGGAAUUGAAGGAUAUGAAGCUCCAAAGAAAUACGUUGAUCCUAUAAAAUAAAUGGAAGAUAGAAAAUUUUUAACAUAAAAGAAAGGUAAUUUAUCUUAGUAAUUUAAAAAAGGUUAAAAGAAUAGAAAUCAUGUUACUAAAAGAGGUCAUUAUUUAGAAGAUUUGAAAAAGUUAUAUGAAAAGUUACCUGCACCAAAUAAAUAUAAUAUUGUUAAACCAUGGGUUUCAGAAAAAUAAGAAGGAAGGGUAAAGAGUGCUCCAUAAAAGAGGUAUAAAUGUGGAAUUACAUAUUUAAAUAGAUGCACGUUUAUUGAUUAAAUAUUCAAAGAAGCAAAAGUAAGAGGAAUUCCUGGAGCUGGAAAAUAUAAUGUGAUACCAACACUUGAAGAAGUUUUGAAAAAAGUUGAAGAAGAAAAGAAAAAGAAAAUAGGGUAAAAGAAAUAGUUAUAUAAAUAACAUAGACCAGUUGAAAGACCAACUUAUUUGAAUGAAAUUUAACAUUUAGCAGUGAUUAAUCCAGGUCCUGGAAAUUAUAAUCCACAUGUAAUAUAUAUAUAUUGAAUAUUAUUUAGAGAAUAGAAAGAAAAUUAAAAAUAAAUGAAACUAAACCAGCUGAUUAAAUAACAAAACAUAAAGAAUAAGAAAGAAAGAGAGGUAAAUCAUGUUUACCAGAUAUUGGAACCUACAAUCCUGAACCAGUUGAAUUUAACUCUUUUAAUAAACUAUAAUAAAUGUAUAAAAAGAAUGACAAAUCAUCUGAUAAACAUGUAGUUUAUAUUAAAAAAUAUUAUAGAAUUUUGGAAGAGAUGAAAGAUUUAAAGAUCCAAAAAAAAGUAAAUCAAAAUAAGUACCUGUUCCUGGUCCAGGGUAAUAUCCAAUGAUUGUAUAAUGGGCUGGAAAAGAUAAAGAUAAAAAUAAUCCAAAGAAAAAGAAUUAUUUUGAUGUCACUACAAGAGGCAUUUCUCGUUCAAUUUAUUAUUGA